AUGGGGUUGAGCUCGGAGCUGGAGCAAGCCCUGGAGCAUACAGGCGGCCAUGGCCGUACCGCUGCUGGGGUCUCCAUUCAGACCUUCCUGGCCUCGCUGGCGUCGGCCAUGAUCGUCUUUGCGGUCGAAUUUCUGCUCUUUAUGUUGCUCAAGGGUAAACUGACCCGAAUCUAUCAACCUCGUACAUACCUCGUCCCCGAUCGUGAACGAACGAAACCAUCCCCCCCGGGUCUCUUUCGCUGGGUCGGCCCCGUGUUUCGGACUUCCAGCACAGAAUUUAUUCAGAAAUGUGGGCUCGACGCCUAUUUCUUCCUACGAUACCUUCGCAUGUUGUUGAAGAUAUUUCUUCCCCUCGGCUUCUUGAUUCUACCAGUGCUGCUCCCAAUCAAUCGUGUGGAUGGAAAAGGCACAACAUCCAUGAAUGGCACCGAGAAUGGCAGUCACUGGAGUGUAACGGGCCUGGAUCAGCUGGCCUGGGGUAAUGUCAAGCCGGAGCAUACCCAUCGUUACUGGGCCCAUCUGGUGAUGGCGGUCAUCGUCGUUUUCUACGUUUGUGGUAUCUUUUUCGACGAGCUGAGAGGGUAUAUCCGCAUGCGACAGGCCUAUAUGACCUCCCCACAACACCGGCUUCGCGCCUCUGCGACCACCGUGCUCGUGACGGCUAUUCCGCCUAACUGGUUAAACAUUGAAUCGUUAGACAACCUUUUUGACGUUUUCCCGGGUGGUGUUCGAAAUAUUUGGAUCAACCGCAACUUCGAUGACUUGAAUGAGAAAGUCAAGGAGAGAAACGAACUCGCUCUCAAGCUCGAGGGAGCAGAGACAGACCUCAUCAUCAAAUGCAAGAAGGCGGCACUCAAGAAAGCCAAAGCCGAGGCCAAGCAGGCUGGAAAGAACAGUGAUAAGGUUGAGGAACACGAAAAGAAGGAAACCGACCAGCGAGCAUCACAACUGGCCAUGGGGCCCGGCAUCAGUUCUGGCGAUCCCCAUCAGGCACACACAUUACGCGAAAUUCUUCACCGAAAGCCAGGCGGGCAUUCACGAGACCCGUCUGCUGAAAGUGGGCGGAAUGGGGGCGUUUUCGACCCUGCUCUCGCGGCCGCUGGAGCCGUUGGACUCGGUGUCGAAAAGCUUGGCAAGUCUGUUCUGGGUGGUCUCAAGAAGGUUGAGGGGGGUAUCGAUGGGACCUUGACGCGAAAUGGAGGAUGGGUAGCAACAGACGAUGCGAUGUUCGGUGGAAACUCCUCUCAAGCAAACGGCUCACAUUCGCCUACCGACGAUGCGAUUGCCGGGCCUGUUCACUCUGUCGAGGCUCCACGAACACCCGAAAACCAAGCGGCCUCUACUACCUUCCCUGAACAAACAGCACCGCCCAAGCGACCAUCCUGGAAGACACGAGUAUCCUCAUCUCGGUCCAAAAGUUCCGUGCCCGAGCCCGACGAGUACCCUCUAACGGCUCCUGACACCCCUGCGGAGGAGUCAGAUCGACGUGGAUCUGCGAAGACAAAAGGCAGUAAGGACAAGAAGAACAAGGUCAAAAACCGCAAAAGCCUCAAGGAAGGCGAGGAAGUCGAAGGGGAAGAGUACCCGAUCGCCUAUAACGAGGACUUUGAUAAUGAAGACUAUGGAGAACCGGUAUGGGAGAAGUACAUCCGGGCAAAGGACCGAGAUACCAUGCGUCUUCCUAUCUUCGGCUGGAAGUGGAUGCCUUCACUCUGGCUCAUCGGGAAGAAGGUCGACACCAUUGACUAUUGUCGCAAAGAACUGGCUCGUCUAAAUCUGGAAAUCGAAGUCGACCAGCAAAACCCGGAGCGGUUCCCUCUCAUGAACUCGGCAUUUGUUCAAUUCAACCAUCAAGUUGCAGCGCAUAUGGCCUGUCAAUCCGUCGCUCACCACGUACCAAAGCAAAUGGCGCCUCGUAUUGUGGAGAUUUCUCCCGACGAUGUCAUCUGGGACAACAUGUCUAUCAGAUGGUGGGAACGCUAUCUGCGUACAUUCGGAAUCAUUAUUCUCGUCUGUGCAAUGGUUGUUGGCUGGGCCUUCCCUGUCGCCUUUACUGGUCUCUUGUCACAACUAUCCUACCUGGAAGGCACAUUCACGUGGCUAGAAUGGCUCAGCAAAUUGCCCAACUGGUUCAUUUCUGCCAUUCAGGGUAUUCUCCCCGCACUGUUUCUUGCCAUCCUCAUGGCACUCCUGCCUCUGAUUCUUCGGUUCUUAAGUCGGACCCAGGGUGUCCACACCGGCAUGGCUAUUGAGUUAACGGUCCAAAACUACUAUUUCGCAUUCUUGUUUGUGCAGCUGUUCUUGGUCGUCACUAUUGCCUCCAGUUUUUCAACUAUCAUCGAAAACAUCACCGACGUGACCAGCUGGCCGGAACUCUUGGCCCAGAACAUCCCCAAGUCCAGUAACUACUUCUUCUCAUAUAUGAUUCUACAAGCCAUGUCUGUGAGUGCUGGUGCUUUGGUGCAGAUCUUCGGCCUGAUUAGCUGGUUCAUCCUCGCGCCGAUCUUGGAUUCCACUGCCAGGAAAAAGUGGGCUCGCACGACAAACUUGAACCAGAUGCAAUGGGGUACCUUUUUCCCAGUGUAUACCGUCCUAGCUUCAAUUGGAUUGAUCUACUCUGUUGUUGCUCCUCUUAUCUUGGUUUUCAACAUCAUCACUUUCAGCCUCUUCUGGUUCGUCUACCGGUACAAUACAUUAUACGUCACAAAGUUCCGCUUCGACACUGGUGGUCUCCUGUUUCCUCGGGCCAUCAAUCAGCUUUUCACUGGCCUUUAUGUCAUGGAAGUUUGCUUGAUCGGUUUGUUCUUCUUGGUUCGAGACGAAGAUGGCAAGGUAGCUUGCGAAGGCCAAGCUGUCUGUAUGAUUGUCGUCCUCGUCCUGACCAUCGGAUAUCAAAUCCUCCUGAAUGAGGCUUUUGGGCCUCUCAUUCGUUACUUGCCGAUUACGCUGGAAGAGGAGGCCGUUCGUCGCGAUCAGGAGUUCAACCGUGCUCAACAUGUUCGGUUGGGCUUGACCGUUGAUGAUGACGAUGAUAAUGACGAAGACGAAGAGGAGGAGCAGGGUAAAACGCUUGAGCGGCAGCUUGCUGAUCAAGAACGUCAGAAACGUCACCAGGAUCAAAAUGAGAAAGAUAUCGAACUCCGAAGCUUGGAUACAGGUCCCAAACCCUCCAAGCGCAAUACAUCAGAGGGCCUUCUAUCUACUCCAAAGCUCGGCAGGAAGAAACAUUCAUGGGCCGACCGUGCCACCCAGUCGAAUCGGCGAUCCAAGUAUUUCGGUGUUAGCUCGGCCACGGCGAGUCCUGCUGUGAAAGGUCUCCGUGAAAUGAUGGCGAACGAUGCGGAAGCCCAAGGGCCUUCCACGAACAAAUUGGGGCAUGCUCUCUUUGCAGGUAUCCAUGAUGAAUUGGAGGACCUCACACCUGACGAGCGUGAUCAACUGGUCCAGCGAGCCUUCCAACAUGAAGCCCUUCGCGCUAAACGACCUGUGAUCUGGAUUCCUCGCGAUGACAUCGGAGUCAGUAAUGACGAGGUGUAUCGGACCCAGCGCUUCAGUAAACACAUCUGGGUUAGCAACGAAUAUCAAGCGUUGGAUGGCAAGUGCCGGACAAUAUUCAGUCGCAGUCCGCCCGACUUCUCUGAGGUGGAUUUGAUCCAGUUGUGA